GCACUUGAAAGAGGGAAAGGGAUGGAGGAGACAAGCAAAGAUGACUAUAAAAUAUAUUCAUUUGAUUCAGAAGUUCAGCAGUUACUGAAAACAGCACUCAAAGAUCCCAGCAGUGUGGAUCUGGAGAAAGUGGCCAAUAUAAUUGUGGACCAGUCCUUAAAAGAUUGUGUAUUCAGUAAAGAGGCAGGGCGCAUCUGUUAUGCCAUCACUCAGGUGGAAAGCAAACAAACAGGCCAAAGUAUCUUCCGGCGGUGCCUUCUCAACCGACUGCAGCAAGAGUAUAAGGACCGUGAUGAGUUGCGAGCCCAUUCCCUCCAAGCCUGGAUCUGCUAUGUCACUUUUAUCUGUAACAUCUUUGACUACCUGAGGGUCAACAAUAUGCCCAUGAUGGCAUUGGUAAAUCCUGUUUAUGACUGCCUCUUCCGAUUGGCACAGCCUGAUAGUCUGCAGAAAGAGGAGGAGGUGGACUGCCUGGUGCUGCAGCUGCACCGCAUUGGUGAACAGCUGGAAAAGAUGAACAGUCAGAGGAUGGAUGAGCUCUUUUCCCUUCUGCGUGAUGGAUUCCUUCUGCAGGAGGGUCUCAGCUCCCUGUCCCAAUUGCUACUCCUGGAGAUCAUUGAGUUCCGGGCCACUGAUUGGAAAAUGACAGCAGCAGCCCAGAAGUAUUAUUACAGUGAGGUCACCGACUGAACACUUGAACCACCAGCAAACCCUGCAUUCGCACUAUUUUCACCAGCAAACUUUACACCAAAGCUGCAACUUAUAUAAUGUUUUUUUUUAAAAAAAAUAUUCCUAACUCUUUUGUUAUAGAACAUGUGCCCUGCUCCUUUGUGCCAGGGAACUGCUGCCUAAAACUGAGGAGCUGGGAGAACACUUAAAAAAAAGAGAGAGAAGCAGAUACUUGGCCACUGCUGCUCCUGUUGCAUUGCACUAAAUACUGGCUUGUAUUGCGUCCUUUUGCAGGCUGGGCUGAUAUUUUACGCAGGGAGGUUUUCUCUCCCUUAUUUUCAAUUUAGCAACAUAAAUGGCAGGUUUUAAAAACUAGCCUAGGAUUCAUUUCACAUAAACUUCAAAGAAAUGCCAACUCUUUCAGGCCUGUAUUGGUAAGUCUUUGUUUCGCUUAAUAUUUGGUAAUUGGCCUGUUAAUCCAUUUUUGAAAAAGGAAAAUAAUUCUGUGGAUCAAAGCUCAAGUGUUAUUUGCUUCUUUGUAACCAAGCUUUCUCCAAGGGAACUAUUAAUCACUCUGGAACCCAAGCAGUGCCUAGACAAGACUAGUCUGAAAUCAAAAUGUUUCUUUUAUCCUCGACUAUAGGAAAGUAGUCUGACAAGGAGAAGUUAAUAAGGGAGAUUUUGAUGGACAAUCUUAUCACUUCCAACCAGCAUAUAAAAUGGCAUAAUCCAAGGAGGGCUCCUUUGAUAGUUAAACUUUACCUACUUAGAUGCAAAAUCUAUCACAAUAAAAAGGCUUAUUUUAUGGGGGGAAAAAUUGGAUGAGAAAGGAGUUUUUCUCUCCUUUUUCCACGUCCCCCUUAAGCAAAACCACCCUGGUAAUUAAACAUGUACUUUAGAUUCUUUAAAGGCUACAGAGUUCUCUCCUUGAAUAAAGGGGAAAAUCUUUUUAUUAAUGUGGAUUUCUUCAACACAAUGCCUUCCAGGUGUGAAUUUUAACCCUAUGGAAGUUCAAAUCCAAAGCAACUGGUGCAGUACUGGGUUUCACUUACCUUUGCUACUGAUUAGCAAAUGUGAGUGAAUGCACCAGGUCUGCACACAAGCAGACGCUUCUGCGCAUGUGUGUGAUGAUGUGCAGGUGGGCAGAGCCACCCGCUACCGAUUCACCUGAACCAGGUCGAACCGGUAGAAACCCACCACUGAUCUGGUGGGCACAAGAUUGUGGAAGUCCACCAGAAUAUAGUAUGCCCUAAGAAGCUACUGCCCAGCAAUUCUUGAGGCUUCAGAAGGAUAGCUCUGGUUUCUAACUGACCCUGCAAACAGCACUUUUUUUUAAAAAAGAGGCUAUCAUUGGGUACUUUGAUCUUUCUCCAAGUAUAGGAAAAUACUAUGCAAAUAUUUUCCACUUCAGCUUUCUUCUGAGCUAGGUCAGAUUUUAGCUAAGAUGGCAUCUUCUGCCUCCAGAAGAUGCAAGCAACAGACUUUUACAAAGCCACAACAGAAUUAGCCCUUUUGGGGAAUAGGUAACAAUUCAUUUUAUAACAUUUCUCUCCAACAAUACUUUAAACCAAUGUACUGUAAAUUUAUCUUAAGAGAAUUGGUUCUGUUUGGAACUUUUAUAAAGUAUUUUACACUUCUG